AUGAUACGACAAGUGUUCAAACAUCUCGACGCCAACAGCACGGGCUACAUCGACUCGGAGGUCUUCGCUCGCUGGUGGAAGGAUGAAGUCAACCAGAUCUUCACUGGCACGGAGCGGGCCGAGGGUUUCAAGUCCAUGUACCCGGCGGAGGGGAUGGAGGAGAAGCAAGGGAGUGACUUGAGGCUGGUAGAAGCGAAGAUCCAUCCCAGCAUACUCGAGAGUGGCGAAUGGGAUCCAUCCUUCAACCUCUCCGACCAUGGCAUGGUCACUUGCAAGUACUGGCUGCCUCCCUUCGAGCUGGAGAGCAACAGCAGCUUCUCGUCUGCUCUCGAGUAUCGGGCUGCCGUCAACUACUUGCAGGAGGCCGAGCUCCAGCCCUGA